AUGGAGAAGGAACCUAGAACAAGGGUGGUGAAUUGUGCAACUCUGGCAGUCUGUUUAGUUUUGAUUGUUCUGCUUUAUGCUGCAUUUUUUCCAUCAAAAGACACUGCAUUUCAGUCAUGGAAGGGCAGGUUUUCGGAUUCAAGAGGCAGUCUCAGCAGUGAAAGGGUUGAUGUUGAUGCAGUUGAUUCUCAGGAAUUUCUGUUAAGAAGACUUGUUAGAGGAGAUGACAGGGUUCAGCUCGACUCCAAUGGAUUUUCCUGCCAUAUUGAUGUUCAUUCAGAAGUAUGCCUUGUGAACAAACCAGUACGGAUUGAUAACAAAGCAUUAACAGUUUAUGCACUAUCUGAUCAACCUCAAGUUAAGAGAAUGGUUCAGCCAUAUGCAAGGAAGGAGGAUGAAACUGCUAUGAAACUUGUUACACCAGUUCAGAUACUGUAUGGAAACACCAACCCACCAGCUUGUGAUUUCACCCACAAUGUCACAGCGGUGGUCUUCUCCUCUAGAGGAUUCACAGGGAACGUGUUUCAUGAGUUCAAUGAGAUUGUCAUCCCUUUAUUCAUCACUUGCCACCAUUUCCGAUCCCGCCUACAGUUUGUCAUCACUGACUUCCAGCCUUGGUGGGUUCAAAAGUACAACAGGAUUCUUUCUCACUUGUCUAGUUAUGGGGUCAUAAAUCCUGAAGCAGAUGGAAGUGUUCACUGCUUUCCAGGGGCUGUAAUAGGGCUUAAGUAUCAUGACAAUCUAGCCCUCAACACUACUAAUAUUCCAGGAGGUUAUUCCAUGUUUGAUUUCAGGCAGUUCCUAAAGGAAUCAUACUAUCUGAGAGUAAAGCAUGUGUCUGAGAUUGAGAAGCCAGUGCUGAUGCUUAUAUCGCGCAGUAAAACAAGAAGGUUUUUGAAUGAAGAUGAAAUGGUGGAAAUGAUGGAGGAACUAGGCUUUCAAGUCAUAAGGGCAGAACCUGGCAGGAUGUCAAACUUAGACAAGUUUGCUGGGGUAGUGAACUCUUGUAGUGUCAUGGUUGGAGCUCAUGGUGCUGGCCUAACAAAUGAAAUAUUCUUGCCCACUGGUGCAGUGAUGGUUCAGGUGGUGCCACUGGCAAACGAAUGGGUUGCAGCCAACUACUUCGGAGAACCAGCAAAGGAAAUGGGUGUCCAAUACUUGGAGUACAAGAUUGAACCAGAGGAAAGUUCUCUCUUUGACGCUUAUGGCAGAGAUCACCCUGUCAUUACUGAUCCAGAAUCUAUCAUCUCUAAGGGCUACUAUGCUUUCAGGUCUGUGUAUGUUGACGGCCAAGAUCUAAAGAUCAAUUUAGAGAGAUUUAAGAAGACCCUUAUAGAAGCUAAGCAACUUCUUGGAAGCUCAACUCCCUUUGAUCCAUGAAUGUUGAUGUGAUCAUCUUCAAGACACAGCAAGAAGAGGCAGACAGAAAAUGAAUUC